AAAUGCUCAGGCUCUGCCGCACAUGCCGCCUCGGCGCAUACACCCCGCGCAGGACACUUGCCACCGCCACCGCCACCGCGCCCCUUCCCGACCUGCCCCCGCGGCGGCCGCAGUUCCAGCCACAACGCCCAGACAGAGCAGGCCGGGAACGAGACCGCUUCCGGACUCCCGACAGCAACAGACUCCGCCUCGCAAACAUCCUCCAGACACUCACGAAAUACAAGGCAGAGAACCGCUCGCCGACGCCGGUAGCGUAUGUCAACAUUAUCGAAGCAGCGAGCGAAUUCGCGUUGAGCCACAGGGUCGACGGGGAUCAAGGCGACGGGCUGGGGUUCCAGGUUGCGUUGGCGGCGUGGGAGGAUGCGAAGCGGGGAGGUGUUGAGCUGGGGCAGGAAGGUGUUGAUGCGAUGAUGAAUUUUGCGGUGAUCUAUCCCCAGCUGCUCUCUUCCCUCCUUCUUUACACCAAAACCCGCCGUCUCGCGACGUACAAUGCCAUGUCCAGAGUGGCCUCUUCCAGCUUUGAUGUCGAGCAGAUGGUUUACCUUUUGGAGGAGAUGUCCCAGCAAGGGUUCGUUCCCAACACUGCCACUUUGAAACAUACAGUCCGCCAGGCAUGUGAAUGGGGAUACCCCCGAUUGGCUCUUCAGAUUGCGCAAAAGGCCGAGGAAGAGUCUAGUUUUGGGUUCAGGCUUGAUCAGAGUGCGUGGGUUCAGAUCCUCAUUGCGAGUGCGGACAAUCACUAUUUGAACGGUGUCGAGACCGCAUGGGAGCGUGUCAAGUCCAGCUACACCCCGGACGAGGGCCUCAUUCUCUCCAUGCUCAACGCCGCCGGCAGAUGGGGUCGACCCGAUUUUUCAUCCACCAUCCUUGAACUCCUCCCCGGUCCGCCCCAAGAACAUCACCUCGCCCCUCUCCUCGAAGCAUUCUGCAACGCCGGCCAAGUGCCCAACGCUUUCCACGUCAUCAGCACCAUCCGCUCCACCGGCCUCACCCCGACCUUGUCCUCCAUCCAGCCGAUCGUGAACGCGUUGAAAUCCGCAGAGGUCAUUGACCAGGCGUACUAUACUCUGGAGGAUAUGCACAAAUCCGGCCAGGCGGUGGAUAUCACAGCGUUGAACGCUGUGAUUGCGGCUAGCAGUUCUAUCGGUGAUCUCCAGCGUGCUCGGGCUACCCAGAGCGCGAUCCCAGAAUUCGGCAUGACGCCCAACAUUGAUACAUACAACCUCGUCCUCCAAUGUUGCGUGACCACCUCUCACCGCCCAUUAGGCGAUACCCUCCUCUCCGAAAUGGCUGCCCAGAAUGUCCAGCCCAACGCUACCACUUACGACCACCUCAUCCACCUCUGUCUCACCCAGCCUUCUUACGAAGACGCAUUCUACUAUCUCGAAAAAAUGAAAGCUGGCGGCUUCAAACCCGGCUACGCCGUCUACGCUUCCCUCGUGAAAAAGUGUGUCAAGAUGGGCGAUUCGAGGUGGAGGUUGGUAGUCGAUGAGAUGAAGGAUGUGGGGUACAAGAUUGAGGCCGAGUUGCAAGGGUUUAUUAAUAAUGGAGGAAGGGAGAGGGGAAGACAGGCGGCGGGGCAGAGGAGGGCGAAUGAUCAGAUGGUGGGGAGUAAGAGACGGAGCUGGAUAAGGCAGGCGGCUGAGGAGGCUGUGUAGCGGUGUGGAGGGCUUUUUUCUGGUGGAGAUUUAUUUAGGAGCAUGGUUUUUCUCCUUGCACCAACAGGGCUCAUGCAUUGCAUCAUGAUUCA